AAAGAAGAUGUCAUUUUAUUCAUUCAGUCUCUCUCUUCUCCCACAAACAUAAAGCGCAACACAACAUCCACAAACCCUCUCAAACAUUCCUUUUUCUGCUUUUAAAACAACUUGCUCAUAAAGCUGCUCAUCUUUUUCUUUUCACACACACACACACACACACACACAAAAAAAAAAAAAAAAAAAAAACACCAUUUGUUCUUUGUUUCUUCUGCUUCUUCAUCAUCAAUGGAUACUGCUCAAUGGCCUCAGGAGAUAGUGGUGAAGCCCAUGGAAGAGAUAAUACCAAACACAAAUGGCUCAUCAAAACCUAAUUGUGCUGAAAGAAAAUUAGUUAGGCCGCAAAAAGACCAAGCUUUGAACUGUCCAAGGUGCAAUUCGACAAACACAAAGUUUUGUUAUUACAACAACUAUAGUCUUUCUCAGCCAAGGUAUUUCUGCAAGACUUGUAGAAGAUAUUGGACUGCAGGUGGAUCUCUUAGAAAUAUUCCUGUUGGUGGUGGUUCAAGGAAAAACAAGAAAUCUUCCUCUAAUUCUUCCCCUUACAAUUCAAAUAAUCAUGUUAUAAUUAAUCCUUUGAAAAAACUUCCUGAUUUGGUUGUCCCACCACCACCACCUCAACAUCAUCAUGAUCAAAACCCUAGUAAGAUCAUCCAUGAAGGGAGCCGAGAUCUCAACUUGGGUUUUUCAUCUGAUUUCAAGACUAUCUCUGAGCUAAUUCAGGUACCGAAUUAUGAUGGCAGUAACAAGGACAACAAUAGUCCCAAUAUUUCAUCUCUGCCUCCUCCUCCAUCUUCUUCUUCUUCCGCUUCUCCUCCAUCUCAACUUUCAGCAAUGGAGUUAUUUAAUGGGAUCACAUCAAGGGGAUUGAAUAAUUCCUUCAUGUCAAUGCCAAUUUCUGAGACAAAGUCAGUUUAUAACUCUUCGGGAUUUUCGUUGCCAUCCCUAAAUUUCUCAUUGGAUCAUGGACUUGGAAAUAACGUUCAUAGUGCCUAUGGAAACAACAAUCUCCAAGAGACAAAUACAAGUGGAAGGUUUUUGUUUCCUUUUGUAGGUCUAAAGCAAGUUUCAAGCACAAAUAAUAACACAAGUGAUGGUGCUAAUGAGCAUAAUGGAGAUCAUCAUCAUCAGCAUGUUGGAGAUCAAUCUACUAAUGGAUAUUGGAAUGGGAUGUUAGGAGGAGGAGGAUCUUGGUAAAAAAAAAAUAUCCUAUAUUAUAAUUUAUCAAGGUUUUUUUUUUCUUUUCUUUAUGGGGUUUCUCUUCUUUUAAGGAAAAAAGUUUUACUAUCACAUUGGGGGAUUAGGAAAGUGAGAAGGGUACAAUGAGAAUUGACCACGCACUUUCUGCGUGAACGACUCUCACUGAUAUCACUGGACUAUAAAUCUUGAUUUAUGAGAUUUUUUUUUAAAAAAAAAAAAUUCUUGUAGUGUUUAUUGGUGGGUGGCUUGUUUGGAUUUAAUUUCUUCAAAACUAACUCAUAGGUUAAAAGGAAUUCUCAUUUCUCCUAAAUCUUUUCUUCAUUUUUAGUAUAGUUGUCAUUAAUUUACUUUGAAUUAUAUUAGUUGGUGGGAAGUUAUGUGAAGCUUAUUUUAGGUUUGCUUCAUCGUGAGUUUAUAUAUAUGACUUGAUAUUGUGGAAGAACUAUAUUGUGGAAGAAGAAAUCAAGCCCAAAUUUUUUGGAGGGUACAAAAUUUGAUGCCUAUAACAUGAGGUGAUGAUCAUAUUAUUCUACUAUCACAAAGAGAAGGCAAAGAGAUCCCAUUAUUAAUGUUAAUUGUUCUAUGCCAUUAGAAAAAUAAAUGUAUUAUAUUGUAAUUGAGCUUUGAGAAACUUGUUAAUUCUGCAAGUACAUUUUUGCAGCCAACUUUAUGAAUAUAAACAUUGUUUAUUUCAUGAUUA